CUACAUUGUAGCCGAGCGAGCGAGCGAGCGAAGGGCGGAAGGCGCGAUGGCCUCGGAGGUUCCCCGCCUGGCCCGGCAGCUCUUCCUGCGCGGCUUGGCCGCCGCUUUCCUGGCCGCCUUCGCCUCGCUUUACGUCCAGCUGCCCGGCCUCUACGGGAAAGAUGGCAUCCUGCCCGCCCGGAAGAUGCUUCGCUUCACGGGCAAAAGCUUCUGGCAGCAGCUGCGGGACUCCCCGACUCUGCUGUGGCUGGGACCCCACCUGGGGCUGGACACGGAGCAGGGCCUGGAGCUGCUGUGCCUGAUGGGCACGCUGCUCUCCUUCGGGGCCCUGGUGCUGGAGCCCCUGCGGGACAGCCUGGUCUUCCUCGCCCUCUGGGGCCUUUACCUCUCCGUCUACCAGGUGGGACAGGUGUUCCUCUAUUUCCAAUGGGACAGCCUUUUGCUGGAGACGGGCUUCCUGGCGGUGCUGGUGGCCCCCCUGCACCUGCUCAAGUGGAAGUCCACCACCUGGCGGGCGCAUGACGGGGUGACCUUCUGGCUGGUGCGCUGGUUGCUCUUCCGGCUGAUGUUCGCAUCCGGGGUGGUGAAGCUGACCAGCCGCUGCCCCACCUGGUGGGGGCUCACAGCAUUGACCUACCACUACGAGACCCAGUGCAUCCCCACGCCCAGCGCCUGGUUUGCCCACCAGAUGCCCUUCUGGUUCCAGAAGCUCAGCGUCGUGGCCACCUACGUGAUCGAGAUCGCCAUCCCGCCCCUCUUCUUCGUGCCGCUCCGGCGCCUUCGCCUCUUUGCCUUCUACACCCAGGUCCUUCUGCAAGCCCUGAUCAUUUUCACCGGCAACUACAAUUUUUUCAACCUGCUGACUCUGGUGCUGAGCUGCUCCCUGCUGGACGACGAGCACGUGGGGCUGUGGCUGGGCCACGGGCGGAAGAAAGCCAGUGGCGGCUGGGCUUGGCGAUUGCCCCCCCUGCUGGCAGAGCUGGCUGUCUACGGCCUCCUGAUCUUCUGGACCAGCCGUUACUUCGGGCUGACCAUCAACUGGGAGAAGAGACUCCUUGAAACCAAGACAGCGUUCACCUUCCACGAGUUCAUGCAGUGGCUGAAGAUGGUGACCCUCCCUCUGGUGGCCGUGGGGCUUCUCUCCUUGCUGUGGGAGAUCCUUCAGGCCGGAUACAGGAGUGCCUGCGUCCGGGGAUUUUUCUGGAAACUCUGGGCUGUCGUGCAAUGGGCCGUUUUUGCCACAGCUGCCCUGGGGAUGUUCACUAUCAGCCUGGUUCCCUUCACGUACAUUGAGCACGAGUCCAACGGGAAGCUCUGGCCGGGCAUCCAUCAGGCCUUUGGGGCUGUGGAUCGCUACCAGCUGGCCAAUUCCUACGGGCUCUUCCGGCGAAUGACGGGCGUCGGUGGGCGGCCGGAGGUGGUGCUGGAAGGCAGCCACGACAAGGAAACGUGGACGGAGAUCGAGUUCAUGUACAAGCCGGGCAACAUCAGCGCUCCCCCGCCCAUCGUGGCCCCACACCAGCCCCGCCUGGACUGGCAGAUGUGGUUCGCUGCUCUGGGCCACCACAGCCACAGCCCCUGGUUCACCAGCUUCGUCUACCGCCUCCUGCAGGGCAAGAAGGAAGUGAUCCACCUUAUACAGGUGGACGACUCCAAGUACCCCUUCAGGGACCACCCACCCACCUACAUCCGGGCCCAGCUGUACAAGUACUGGUUCACGGAGGCAGAGACGGACGGGACCCUCCCUCAAAAUUGGUGGCGGCGUCACCGGAUUGAGGAAUUCUACCCGGUGGUCUUUUUGGGAGACCCCAACCUGGAAGCCCAGCUGGCCCAGCACGGGCUCAAGGACAAGCCCCCCGUGAAGCGCCCCCCGGAUGCCCUCCUGCCCAGCCUGCUGCAGCGAGUUCGAGUCCACCUCCACCUGUACACCGGCCCGGCCAUCAUCUGGUCCCUCUACCUGACCGCAGCGGCUGUGGGCAUCCUGCGAGGCCUGGGGGCCCGUCUGCUGGCCGGAGGGGUCCCCACCGGAGGCAAGCAGAAGCCGAGUCGGCCGGUUGACGCGGUGGCCGAUCCCGGUGGCGGCGGAGACCAGCCGGGCGGAGAAAAGAACGGGCAGUUGCGCAGGAAGGAGGAGAAGGGCCGGGCGGCCAGCGAGACCCCCUCCAACGGGCUGCGGCACACGAAGAAGAAGAAAUAAGGCCGGGGGGGCGGCAGCACCGGGACCCCCCCCUCCAAACCCAGCCUCUGCGAGACGCCAGGCGGGACAUGACUAGGGCGGGGGAGAGCCUUUGCCCUCCCCCCCGUUGUCGGACUUGGUUGCCUUCCCUCCUCCCGUCACACACAAACACGCACGCACACCAGCUGUGGGGUGGAUGGAAACCCCUUUGAACACGCCUCCCCCCCACCCACCCGAAGGUCCUCCCUCUCGCAUCAAGGGAGGGGCAACGCUGCUGCCCCCCCCCUCCUGGUCAGCUGGAGGGAUGAGGCUGUUUGGGCUGAGCCCCCCACCCCCGACCGCUUGUUCUUCUCAGCCUCCUGCUCCGUGGCCCCUUCCUCGCUCUCCGUGAUGGCAUGGAUGGGUGAUUCUCUCUGGUCAGCUGGGAGCAGCCUGGGUCAGUUGUUGGGGGGUGGGGUUUGCGUCCCUUUGGGUUCUUUGGGGGUCCCCAGGGAACGUUCUGUCCUUCCUGGCAGGUGGGGGGUGGGGAGGGUGAAGUGAGUCUCGGGAGCCCCUCCCCUCCAUUACUCCCUUCCCUCCUCUCUAUCUUCCUUCUUUCCCUCCCUCCCUCCUUCCUUCCUUGCCCACCCCUCCCGCCAUUCUUUCCUUCCCUUUCCCUUCUCCUUUCCCUCCCUUCUUCCUCUCUCCUUCCCCUAUCCCCACCCCUCCCUUCCUUUCUUCCCUUCCUUUCCCUUCCUUCCUUCCCCCAUUCCUACUCCUCCCUCCCUUUCCCUCCCUCCUUCCCGUCCUCUUCCUCUCUCCUUCCCUCCCUCCUUCCCCUUUCCCUCCCUUCCUUCCCCCAUUCCUACUCCUCCCUUUCCCUCCCUCCUUCCCCUAUCCCCAACCUUCCCUCCCUUUCUUCCCUCCUUUCUUCCUAGCUUCCUUCCUCCAUUCCUACUCCUUCCUCCCUACCUCCCUUUCCCUCCUUCCUUCCCUCUCUCCCUCCUUCCCCUCCCCUCUCCCUCCCCAUAUCCCACCAGGGUCUUGAAUCAGACGUUGGGGGUAACGUGGCCAAGGCUGAAGUUUCAGCUUUGGCUUUAGGGGCUCAUCUGCCAGCCGAACCCUCCCCUCUCCCUCCCCAUCUCCAUCCCAGCCCUUCCCUCAACCUUCUUUGGGGAGGAGGGGGCUUGUUCGCUGCUCCCUGCUGCAUCAUUGAGGCUGGGGGCAACAGGCGCCCCACUGGGCUCCACCCUUUGCGCCUUGGGGCAGCAGAGUUGGCGCUUCUCACACGCGGGACCCAAGAGACGGCUUCAGUUUUCUAAAUAAACCCUGUACAUUCCAGGUC